UCUAUCAACUGGAAGCAGUGUAUGCUGUGCCAGUCUGAUGCUGACAAGGAAGAGUUGGUGCAUCAUCCCCGGUAUAAAUACUGAGCCCGUGUCUCUCCACUGUAAUGCUUUCUGCUUCUCAGACUGCCAUCAGAAAGACGCUCCCUCGAAGAACCAAGAGAGGAAGACAGAGAACGAGCAAGAGGUUCUGCACAGAGGAGCAGAGAUGCCUGAAACAUCUGCUGAAGCGGUGAGAUGUGGACAAAAUGAAGCACAACCAAAAUCUAGCAAAGGUAAACAGCCGGUGGAGCCACGCCUUCUUCAGACUCCGCCUCCUCCACCUGAGAGCAGGAAUGUGACACCGCCCACCGCAGGAAGUCAGUGUUGCAGCAUCAUGGAGGGGGUCAGACAGAAACAGCAGAGACCGUCAGUCCUUCGUCAACUUUCCCAGACAGCUUCAAGACGACAACACGAAAACAGCACAGCUGUCUCUGCUUUAAAAGAAGAGGUGGACACAGCCCGUCUCUCCCGCUCCUCCUCCUCUUCGCCUCAUGUGGACUCGUCUCCCAGGCAGAGCCAUCACUUCUUCUCCAGGAGAGACGGGGCAAAGCAGAGCUCCACUGAGGCCAAGCUUCAUGAAGGCGUCCCUGAAGCAACCAGGUCUCUGUUUGUGAGCGGUUACUGUCGAUGGCCCGGCUGUGAUGCAGUCACUGAAGAUUUCCACAGUUUCCUUAAACAUCUGAGUUCUGAACACAGUCACAGCGACAGAAGCAUCGCUCAGUGGAAAGUCCAACAGGAUAUCGUUCAGUCCAUGGAGACCCAGCUCUUCCUGGAAAAGCAGAAACUCAAUGCUAUGCGGCUUCACCUGCACCUCUCUGAGAACAAAUACACCGAUCAGAAUUUGUCUGAGUGGACAUACAGCCUUCCUCUGUACCUGCCCCAGCCUCUAGUGGCGGACAGAGACACUGUGCAGCAGUGGGCCGUUAAACACCUGGAGGAGUUCUCCCAGCAUGGAAACAGAGCUGCUGCUUCUGCACACUUUCUGCCCGAUUUGGUCCCCAGUCUUGAAUUUUACAAAUACAACAACAUCAGGCCACCGUACACCUACGCCUUCUUGAUAAGAUGGUCUAUCCUGGAGUCUCCAGACAAACAGCGCACCCUGAAUGAGAUCUACAACUGGUUCACCACCAUGUUCUUCUACUUCAGACACAACCCGGCUACCUGGAAGAAUGCUGUGCGUCACAACCUCAGCCUCCACAAGUGUUUUGUGCGAGUGGAGGGAGGGAAGGGAGCUGUGUGGACCGUGGACGAGACCGAGUACCAGAGAAGGAAAGGACAGAAGUAUCACAGGGACUGUCCUGUGAAGUGGUUCAAGUCUUACUCUCAUUACUAUCCAGAGGACCCGUGAAGACCAGCAGAUGGCAGCGCUGAGCCGCUUCCAGCUGCUGGCUCUUUACAAUUACCUGCCUUUUCUCACAGCCGGCCACUGAAAAGGGUCUUGAUCGCAGUUUUCCUUAAAAACUUGACAAUGAAUCAUAUUUUUAAGGUAAAAGCAGCAGUAUUAGCACACUGACUUAAGCACAACAUUCACGAGCCCUAAUGAAAGGAUGAACUCUCAAUGAAGAGACCCAUGAUUCCUGUUACAUAGCCCAAUGGCACCUUUAGCUGCCACAACAUCACCAUCUUUUACAGACCUGGGCUCAUGCAAGUAAAUGCAGGUAGUGACAAAAACAACACCAUCCACCCUCUUUCCACAUAGCCCUCACUCAUAACUCAGGCAUGCACACUGAAAGAAAGCCUUCAAACUGUCUGCUAAAAAGGCUGGCAUGUAGAGUGCAUGAAGAUGUGAAUUAUCCUCUCUUUUGACUUUAUAAAAUGUGCUAAACAGCUCUGUCAUGUUUCAUCACAUAAUAAAUAUGUUUUUGUGUGUU